AUGAGUACUAGAGGAACAGAAAAUCAUGUCUACUUCACUGACGAAAAGUUGGGCUUAGGAGCCACUGCUAUUGUCUACAUGGGCAGGAACAAGAAAACAGGCAAUCCAGUGGCUGUGAAAAUUUUCAAGAAUUUGAAGCAAGCUGAAGUUUUGCAUAAGGAGAGAGAGUUUACAGUGAUGUCACAACUAAAUCAUCCAAAUAUUGUCAAGUUUAUAAACAUUGAACUAGAGAGCAAUACAAAAGAAAAAGUCCUAAUCAUGGAAGUCUGUUUAGGGGGAAGUCUUAACAAGUUGCUGGACACCCCCCAAUACAAAUAUGGACUCUCCGAACAGGAGUUUCUUAUCUUUCUUAGAGAUAUCACAUCUGCGUUGAAGUACUUGAGACAAAACAACAUAGUCCACAGAGAUAUCAAGCCAGGAAACAUUCUAAGGUUCAUAAGAAUUGAUUCUAGCGUCCAAUACAAGUUGACAGAUUUUGGAGCAGCCCGAAUAUUACAAGAUGAAGAUCACUUCACAUCACUAUACGGCACUGAAGAGUAUUUGGAACCAAAUUUGUAUGCAAAUGCACUCUUACCACACAAAAGACGGGAGGUCAAAGAUCAUUUUGACGCUUCAAUAGAUCUCUGGAGUGUAGGGGUCACUUUGUAUCACGUGAUCACCGGAAAAUUACCCUUUAAACCGUACGGUGGUAGAAAAUCUAAGGAGUCUAUGUACCAAAUAACAUCGUCGAAGAAGCGUGGAGUGAUCUCGGGCGUGCAGUUGGUCGAAGGAGGCGAGGUUCAAUGGUCCUAUGAGUUACCUAGUACAUGUUUGUAUUCCAGAGCAUUGAAACGAAAACUCACGUCACUGCUGGCCGACCUGCUAGAAACCUCCGCGCCCUUCAAAAUAAACUUCGAACAGUUUUUUGCAAAAUCAGAAGAAAUUACGUCACUAAGAAAGAUGAAUAUUUUUGUUGUUAAUGAGUUUGUUAUCGAAAAAUUUUAUGCCUGUGAAGAAGAUUUGAAAAGGCAGAUAUAUUUCAACAACUUUUCCGUCAUCAACAAUAAUAAUAACAACAACAACAACAAUAAUAAUAAUAAUAACAAUGGCACGACUGGUUGCCAUGGUUACGAUAAUGAAUCCAUAUUUCCGGGGCAUCAGCAUCGGUUCAACCAGCUGAGAGGUGAAAUUGAGCUGAAGCUCAAUUCGGAAUCGUUGAAUCGUGUACAUCGAGCUAAACUAAAAAUUGCCAAAUUUAAGAAAAAAAUUUCUAAAAAAGAAAUAAAGAAGUUGGAAAGGUGUGCGAAAGACCUGUCGGCUGUGAAUGAAAAAUUUUGCGAGCAAGCUAAGUGUAGCAACCAGCUGACGUACAACGAACAACAGAUUCAUAAAUUUGAAAGAAGCAAGAGCAGUAGAAUCAUAAAGCAGUGCAGAUCAUCCUGUGAAGCGACCAUAGCAGAUAUCGACGAAUUUUUUAUUGCAUUUAAAGAUUUCUACAAAUGUUACUGUUCAAUGAAACUAUCGUACGAAUAUUGCUUCGACAUGAUGAGAGAACUUAUAAACGCCUUAAGCAACAACAACAGCAACAACAUCAACAACAAUGACCUCAACAUUUCUUGUAGCAACGUUAAUUAUGAUGAAAGCAGUUAUUACAACAGUGAAUUAUGUACAUCCAAUGAUGGGUACAAUGAUUACGCAACUUGCAUCAACAACAACUUCAAUUCCAACGACAACAACAACUUCAAUUCCAACAACAACAACUUCAAUCACAUCAUUAAUACUAACAGCAGUGAAGAUGGGGAAAAUAUCUGUAUCAUUACAAACAAUUCAACUUUUCCAACAUAAGUUGCGGUCAUAAUAACAAAAAAAAAA